CCAAAGGCAGCCCCGCCAAUAACUCUUCUCUCGAAAUGGGAAAAAGAAGCGCUCGGAUUCGGCGAAGUUGAGAAGAAAGCGGCGGGUUGGGCGAUGACGAGCUCCAGCAUGCGGUUCCUCGGCUGCCUAAUGGGCCACGAGCGGAGGUGGCCAGAUGCAAAAGGCUACAGUUCGAUUGACCUGAAGAACAUUUUCAAAGUGGCAUUUAUUUUGUGUGGGAAACCAUAGGCACCUGCUCAAAAAAGUGAAAGAAAAAGUCUAAUGGAGAUCAUGAAGUUCCCAAAACUAUUCUGCGUAUUUUCAAUUUUCACAUGUGCUGCUAUAUAUGCUGUGUAUACCAAGUGGAAUUUUGACUACAAAGGAAAAGGUGUUGACAAGGGUUUGGAAAAGCAGCUUGGUGCUGAGAUCUCAAGAAAAGAUGAGGCAGUUCUUUAUGGUAUUAUGUUUGAUGCUGGAAGCACUGGCACCCGUAUACAUGUAUUCCAAUUUGCACAGAAACCAAAAGAACUUCCUAGAUUAAUUGAUACCACAUUCAAAGCAUUAAAACCAGGACUCUCUGCAUAUGCUGACAAUGUGGAUAAGAGUACUGAAGGAAUAAAUGAGCUGUUGGCAGUUGCUAAAGAAGCUGUUCCUAUGCAUUUGUGGAAGUCAACGCCCUUAGUUCUUAAAGCAACCGCUGGCUUAAGAUUGCUGCCAGGAGAAAAGGCACAGAAAUUAUUGGAUAAGGUAAAGGACAUUUUUCAAGAGUCUCCAUUCUUUAUAGGAAAUGAUUGUGUCUCUAUAAUGGAUGGAUCAGAUGAAGGUAUUUCAGCAUGGAUCACAGUCAACUUUUUAACAGAAAGCUUGAAUAAUCCAACGAAGAAAUGUGUAGGAAUGCUAGAUUUAGGUGGUGGAUCUACUCAAAUCACAUUUCGCCCAAGCACUGAAACAUCUGUGGAGAACACAACUGCUGAACACAUCAUUUCAUUUAACUUGUUUAAUACAACAUAUAAAUUGAAUUCACACAGUUACUUGGGAUUUGGAUUAAUGUCGGCAAGACUGGCAAUUUUAGGAGGCGUUGAAGGACAAGCCUUAAAAGAAGGUGAAGAACUAAUAAGUCCCUGCUUGCCACUAAAUUAUCAAGGUGAAUGGGAACAUGCAAAGAUACUGUACAAAAUUAAAGGGCAGAAACCAGGAAGGGCACUUUUUGAAUCAUGUCAUAAUGAAAUAUCAAAAGUGCUGAACAAGAACAUUCAUGAGACAGCCAGAAUAAAGGACUUGGAUUUCUAUGCUUUUUCCUACUAUUAUGAGUUGGCAGUAGAUGCUGGUUUAAUAGAUAAGAAAAAGGGAGGGAUCCUACCAGUCAGGAAGUUUGAAAGUGCAGCAAAGAAAGUGUGUAAAACAAUGGAGAUUCAACAAGGAAAGCAUCCUUUCUUAUGCAUGGAUCUUACUUACAUCAGUUUGCUGCUGAAAGAACUGGGCUUUCCAAAGAAUCACAUUCUUAAGCUGGCCCAGAAGAUUAACAACAUUGAAACCAGUUGGGCUUUGGGAGCAAUUCUUCACUACAUGGAUUCACUUCACAUGCUAUAAAAUUAGAGAUUUACUGCCUGGGGAAAAUGAGUCUAGGAAAUUGGACCUGAUUGGUUCCUUUGAAAAGGGCUAUAAGUAAAAUAUAUAUUUUUAAAUGUUUUGAAUCUUUCAGUAAGGGAGGCUGGUGCUUCAGGUGAUAGCUUAAGGUGCCCAGUAUUGUCCUGGGAUCACAAAUACUUUUAGCAUCACACAAAAUCAGUAACACUCAUUUUGAAAAGACAGCUAAAAGCAGAAGCUUAUUAGAAAUCAAACCAAAUUAGUAUAACAAAUCUCCUUUGAUUUUUAAUGAACAUUGCUAAUGAUCUCUGAUUUAUUUGAUGUUCUUUAUAAGAAAAGCACUUAAUCUUUAGGCAGACAUUUUGCCAUUUGUUGAUGCAAGCAUAUAAAAGCUAACAUCAGAAGCAAGCAACUUUUUAACUACCUUUGAAUGUUAGACCGUCGGCAUUCAGAUUUUAAAAUAUGUGAAUAUGUGGGGUAUUUAUUUUAAAAACUUUGUUAUUCUUUGUGAAACUCUUACUGGCACAUAUUUAGAUUACUUUUUGAAACCCAGCUUUUAAUCCUUCAGAGCCUUUGGGGUACUGGUUUAUUUUGGAAGAGGUGAGCUGGGCAAGAUGCCUGUUCCCACAUGGAAUUCAGUUGAUGUUUUCCCCUUGAUUUUGACUGCCUUAAUUUCUUUCUGGUGUAUAUUCCAUCCUGUAACAGCCUUUUUCACUUUUAAAUGGCACAAUGUUUUUUGUUCCUGCUGUCAAGCAAAAGAUUAGAUAAUGUUAUCUUGCUAUAACUCACUUCAUGCAGUCCUUGUUUAGCAACCACACUUAGCAACUAUUUCAACCAGUGAAAUAGUUGCUAAGUGAUACAAACAUUAAACAAACCACAUGUUGAGAGGGCCCACAAAGAUCACUGGUUGUUGCCAUUUUAAUAAACGUUCUCUCAUGUAGCAACACAAGCAAUUAGUCUAAUUUUGGUGUAUAUUAUGGUCAAGUGCAGAAAGUUUGGCAGAAGUGCAUGCAUUGGUUGGAAAAUGUUUUUACUGCUAUUUAUUAUUAUUGUAUUUGUGAACAGUCGUUAUCUGAAGCAGUUGCUAAACGAGGAUUAUCUAAAACUGCUGAAAGAAUCUUUUCAUAUGGGUCAUAGAAAUAGCUGAAUGAGUUUUUUGACAUAGGCUAACAUCAGGCAGUAUUGGACCAUGCUAGUUUGGUCUACCAUUGUCCAAUACAUAGACUAUAGUAUGUUUUUUGGAAUGUAUUUUGGAAUGUAUUAAUCAGUUAUAAAAUACUUGUAGAAGUAGUUUUUGAUUGUAUAAAUUUGUAUGAAAGACAGAAAGCACCCUACUGCAACAUGUAUACCUAUAUCAGAGAGAUAAUCUGAAAAUUCAGGAAAAAUGCUUGAAUGUUCUAAUAAUGAUUAUGUGCGUUUGUUUAAUUUUGGUUUAAAUAUUAGAUCAUAUUAAAGAUAAUACGAAUGUUCCAAAUUUUGUAUUCAGUAAAGAGUUUGUAUAUUUAAGGUUCCUUUAGCUAUAAGGAAACUUCAAAUACUUUUUUAAAGUCUUCACAGUCUUCUUUUAAGCAAGUAAAUUUAUUGCUGCACUAAACAAAGAUUGGGGAACUAUAUGAAGGUUGAAUUUCAGCAGUAUUAAGGUUGUUUCCACCCAAGGACUCUGUUCAAAAGCAUUUCUAGAUCCCAAAAUGUGCUGGGUUUGAAGGCUGAGCUUAGUUUAUCAUUGGGUAGGUUGCAAUGUACUUGAAACUGCAGUAAAACAAAUGUUCUAUUUGAAACAAUGCAACUUUCUGGUGAUCCUUUUUUAUCAUCUGCAGAAACGAUUGUGUCAUCCUACCUUUUGGUUUGAAGAUAUCAACAAUCACAGCAGAAUUUCUAAGGCAAAAGUUGACUGCAUGGUGUUAAAGUUUUUAAGAUUUGUUUGUUUGUUUGUUUAGCAUUAUUUCUGUGCUACUCCACUUACAAUUACGAUAAAGGAAUUAAUACAUAUCCUUGGUAAAAAGCCAUAACAGUAUCCCCAAAUACAUUUUGAUGGAAAGAUUCAGCUGAAUGUACUAAUAAAUUCCCUCCCAAAUGUCAAUAGGGAGAGGCUAUAUUUAUAUGGGCAGCCAAUUAUUUCAAAGGCUGGAAAAGCAAUAAAAAGGGGCAUUUCCUGUCUCUACCUCUUUAGGUAGGACUGGCAGAUACUGUCUGGGACAGAUGAUCUGUAAAGUUACUAGGACCCAAGCCAUAAAGCACUCCAAAGUUGCUUUUGUGAUACUAGGAAGAGGAAACAAUGACAGUAUGGAAAUCUAUGUUUUCUUAGAAACUGUGCCAGUCUUGUAAACACAUUAGACACUGCAGGGAUUGUUAGAACUGCAGCAUGAAAGAAAAGAGCAACUCUUACUUCUGCUGCUAGAUUCAUAGUGACAAAUAACUAUGGAGAAAAAAUAUCAAUUGACAUCAACCAAGGCCUUUCUCUUACUAAUAGCAGGGACAAUGAAUUGAAAUAGAAGAAAAGAAAGGAAUGAUUCCUGCCCUCCCUAGCUACUGCAGUCCUGAUUUUUAAAGAUACGUUUGAUUAUUUUGUUGUCUAAAACUGAAAUGGUUCACAGUAACACUUGCAAUAGAGCAAACAUCGUGGUCGACACAGCAUAGUAGCCCAUUGUAGAAGUGAAAAGUUACAGAUUAUCCAAAUAUAUAUUCUUAUAUUUUAUUCAUGCAUAAUUUAGCAGAACACUUGAACUCUGGCAUUAAGGAAGUUGGUCUACUGGCCAGUUUAGUUGAUAGAAUAUGGUUUAUAAGCACAUAAUAUAGAUGAAAAGUCAAAAGGUAUUUGUCAUUAAUUGCUGAUUCUCUUUGGCAUGUCCUUUGAAGCAGAAUGUGUGUAAAAAUAUGCAUGUGUACAUGUCCAUAUGGAUAUAAAUGAAGUUAAUAUGCUGAUACUUGGUUCAUCUUUUCCUUCACUGUAUUAAAGGAUGAAAUGAACCAGUUCUGUCCCUUGCCGCUGGUUUGGCUCAUAUUAUCUGUCAUUGCACUCUUUGCUACUUCAUUGUGAUAUUUUUCCAUUGAUUGUGCAAUCUUAAUUUGUUUGUUUUUAUCUUUUCAUUCUCUGUUGACUUUUCAUUCCAUAACUCAGAUUAAAGCAUUCCACUAAUUGAAGACUGUGUAAUCGUAUGAUGUCAGCUUUUGGAAAGUAGGAUACCAGAAUAGCCUUGGUAUUAAAAACUAGCUUUUCAGUGAUAUUUGCAGCAAUGCUGAUAGACAAAAAUGUCACUCUCCUGCAGUUUGAAGCAGACAUUAUAAUAUGUAUAAUUUAUUCAAUUUUUGUUAAACUCCCCAUUACAUCUGAUACAAUUGAAACUGUUGACUGAUGCAGUGAACAGUCCUAAUUAUACUCAAUUGGUAAAUUACGGUAUAGGGAUUCCCACUGAAUCCAAAAGGCCUUCAAAUAAAGAGGUUUAGAUGGAAGCAAGCUAUAAAACUGCCUUUGCUUGCCUUUUAAACAAUGUUGAGCACUGAUGAAAUUCCCCAGAGUAAUAAAAAGACUAGUGUUCUAUUAAUUAUUCAAAGGAAGUAAAUAGGAUGACUAAGACAGUGGUUAAGAUAAAUCAAAUACUGAACUGGAAAAGAAUGUAUGUCCUUGAAAAAUAAGCUAAUAGAGUUUAGUGAUACCUGCAGAAUGUCAUUUUGGUUUGAUUCCAGAUAUAGUUUGGAAACAAUUUACAGCUGUGUACUAAGAAUAAAGUCCUAAUCAAACAGAACAAAGGAUUUCAUUGUAUUAAAAAGUUAAUUAGCACAUAAAAUGUGACUUAGUCUGGUACAGUAUUCCCAGUACUUACUGUUACAU